AUGUCGAGCGCAAAAGCUGGAAAGAAGGGCGGCCGCUCCGCUAUCGCCGAUGUUGUUACUCGCGAGUACACCAUCCACCUUCACAAGAGAGUCCAUGGCGUCUCCUUCAAGAAGCGAGCCCCAAGAGCUAUCAAGGAGAUCCGUGCCUUCGCUGAGAAUGCUAUGGGCACAAGAGACGUUCGCCUAGAUCCCCAGCUCAACAAGAAGGUUUGGGAAGCGGGUAUCAAGGGUGUCCCAUUCAGACUGCGCGUCCGUAUCAGCCGCAAGCGUAACGACGAGGAGGGCGCCAAGGAGAAGCUGUAUUCCUACGUCCAGGCCGUUAAUGUCAAGGAUCCCAAGGGUCUCCAGACCUCCGUUAUCGAGGAUGCUUAAGCGUGUCGUCUACAAAUGAUCGAUGUGUACUCUGGUGUUGCGGGGUUGGGAAAGGAAAAAAACCAUGUCUUUCAUAGCAGGAUUAUGUGGAAUGCAUCUAUAGUCGUUCCUCCCUUUCAAUGAGCAUUUUCACGGGCUUUGACCGUUCAAUGAAAAUGCAUGGUUUUACCUUCAUCAAAACUUUCACUAUGGAGAUUACACCAGCAUUGCUAGAGAUAAAUAACUUAACUGCUGUUAUGCGUGACUGAUACC